AUGGAUUAUGAUAAUAUGGAUUUUACUAAUUACACUAAUGAAUAAAUUGGAGAAAUGAUAAAAACAUAAGGAUUAGAAAAUAUUACUUAUGAAGAAUUAAUUGCUAAAAAGAAUAAGAGAAUUAAAGAAUUUUAUGAAUAAGAUUCGAAACUGGUAAGUUAUGAUUACUAAAAUAAGUAAGAAGCUAUGUUGAGACACUGGUUAUUAAAGAGAAAAAAUAAGCAUUUGAUUGACUUUAAUGAUAAAGAGCGUUCUUAAUUAAAAUAAUACUUCAAUUCUUUGGAUGAGGAUGGAUCAAGUAUAAAAUUGUAUUUUAAAUGAUUAGAAUCUAUUGGUAUAGAUGAAUUAGAGGAACCAUUAAUCUCAUUGGGUAUAGCUGAAUCACGUGAAGAUGUUAAAAAACUCAUUUAUACAGUUGAUGAUGAUGGAUCUAUUGAAUUUAAAGAAUUCUUAGAAAUUAUUAAAAAUAAAAAUGGAGAUGGUAAAAGUAAUUCAAAAGAGACAAUGGUAAUUGAUUUUUUUAAAGGUAUAAAAAUAUAUAAUAUAAUUUAGAUAUGAUUAAUGGACGUUUAGGACAUGGAAGCAAUUAACCAAUUAAUAAGAAUCUACCAUUUAGUUUGAUCAUAAGUACAAUAAGGAGAUAGAAAUUGUUGGAUGCAUUGAUGGCAAAUGAUCCAAAGAAGAAAGAAGAAGGAGAAAAAGUAAUGAAAGCUUAUGGAAAAUUGAUUUCUUAAAGAAGAGCAUAAAAAAAUGAUGGUUCAAUUUAAGGUUCCAAAAAGAGAAUAUGA